AUGGCUCAGCAGGUGCGGGUCGGAGUCGGCUGCUUCCUCGUCAACUCGCGGGGAGAGUUCGUCGUCGGCGUUCGCAAGGGCAGUCACGGAGCGGGCUGCCUCCAGCUUCCCGGCGGUCACCUUGACUUCAAUGAGACGCCAGAAGCAUGCGCCGUGCGGGAAGUCGCCGAAGAAACUGGCCUUGCGAUGCGAGAAGAAGAUGUACGCUUCGUGACAGCGACGAACGACAUCUUCAAAGCGGACGGGAAGCAUUACAUCACGAUAUUCGUGGUAUGUCGAGUCGCGGACGAUGCGAAUCCUCAGGUCUUGGAGCCGGAGAAGUGCGAACGAUGGGAGUGGCACACUUGGCCGCAGCUGAAGGAGCUGGCCUCUGAUCCUCACAACCGGCUAUUCCUCCCCCUCCGUAACCUGUUCCUCCAACGGCCAGAUGCCGAUCCUCGACGACUUGUCUUGUAG